AUGGCCGACGUCUAUGAUGAGAUGCUUGCUAUCCUACAGGACCUAUUCAGCGAUAGAAUCUCUACGCAAGAAGCCGUGAGGGAUCUCGCUUCGACCACCUUAUCAGUAGACCCUCCUCAAUACGGUCUUUAUAAUCUUUGGAGUGUGAUAGUAACAUGUGCCUGCGAGUCCUCUGGAUACCAUGAUAAGAUUGUCGAGCUCCUAGUCCAACUCUCCAAGCUUCCCAGCGAGGAUAUACUCAUUCUCUACGAUAUGCAAAUUUGGAAAGACCUCCCGACACUAGGCUGGGCACUCCGUGAUCACCGACAAAGUGUAAUUUCGAAAAUUAUCAACCGGGAUAAAUUCACAGCACUUUUGAUGGCAACCGAAGAACCUGUAUUCGUAUACUUAUGGUUUACAAUGUUCACCCUCCGCGACGCGCUAGAAAUACCUAUAGGCCAGUUAUUACUAACUCACCCCUUAGAGGCGAUUCCUUCUGCUGCGAUAUGGAUCAGUACUCUCGGCGUAGGGAUCUAUAAAUGGGAUACAGAUCUUAGCGGCUAUCCGGGUAUAGCGCCGGGGAGAGGAGGCCCUCUCUGGAAAGGCAAACAUGGCUUUUUCAAGGAGAGGUGGCAGCUAUGGCGGAAGAGAUUUGGGGAGGUCGCUAGGAUGGGCGAGAUUGGAGACGAAGCAAGAAAGGCAGCAAGGGAAGCAGAGCAAAUGAUGUUGGAGAUUGAGAACGGGGAAAUAGAGUAA